AUGGAGGGCCUGUCGGCUACUGCCUUUAAGGCAGUGCCACCACCUGAAGAUGAUGAAUUUGCCUACCAAAUAUCUUCAACCAAUGGAGAAGCACAGGAAGCAGCCGACAAUGCUGUCUUGAUGGGCUCCCACCGUAGCCGAAAGCAGAGGCGGCGGGCGGAUUCGCACUUGACUGUGGGUUUUAGUGUUUUGUUUUCAGGCUUGAUCGCAGCUUUUCUAGCAUCUCUUCUAUUGGCUCGUCGCCAAGCUUCUUCCCGAGCGGACCUGUUCAGCGCGUGGCAGCACUUGGAGCCUCAAGAAGCGGCAUGGCAGCUGCCCACUGUAGACCAGCAAGAAGUUGCGGUAUUUCCUCGCCUGGCCAUGGGAAGAUGGCUGAUGGCAGCUCUGGUAAAACACAAGCAGAGAGUUGAUACUCAGCGGCGAGGCAGGUUGGGCCGGGAGGUAAUGCUCACUCUUGCUGAACACCUCACGGAUGGGAGGACAAGCAAUGUGAUGGGCGCCACGAUCAACUUGGUAAACAUGCAGCAGUUAGGUAGUCCUGACAUUGACCCCACCCCACAUCCUUAUACCAUAAAGCGCUACCUGUGGGAAGAUGCUGAGUCCGUCACCUUGGAGAUAGUAGAUCAAGCAACGAAUGUGUCGCAUGCAAUGCGGCUGCGCACCUUGCGCCCUCACGUCCAGGGUGAGGACGUGCCGCCAGAGACAGCGGAGGAACUGAACCAGCGGUCAUUGGUGGAGACAACUACCUCUAUGCUCCAGGCAGUGGGGAAGUCGGAUCUGAAGGGCGCAGCAGAGGAAAGGGGUCUGGCCGUUGCAACUGCGGUUGCUACGAUUGAUAACGCCCCCACGGUCAUGCGCGGCAGUACAGUCUACCUCUUGGGAGAUGUGGAGAUAGGCGAAUUGCACAGCGGCCGUUUGAGUGACGUUUUUGCUUCGGAGAACGCGAUGACUUUGGAGGCUAAGGAGUACGCAGCGAGCCGAAUGCUGCUGCAGGUGUUGCUACUGCAACAAGCUGGCUUCAGCCACAAUAACCUAAAGCUAGAGAACUUUUUCAUGCGGGCAGACGGCUCUUUUCUGCUGGGAAACUUUGGCACUGGCACCCGCAUAGGCGAGCGCCUAGACAGGGUCAGCUCCGUGGACCCGAGAUAUGCGGAAAUGGAGCUAGGAGCCAAUGCUGCAGCUGCUCAGGCUGAAGGGAAGGAAGCUCUCGCCAAGCCUAUAGUCGGCGAGAAGUCGGAUAUGUGGAGCUUGGGUAUCUGCCUAUACAAAAUAUUCACAGGCGGCGAUAUGCCUUUCGGCCUGGACUCAGGAGAGCCUCUGGAAUCCAUCUUCUCGUCUCUGGAUAAAGGUGGAGUGAGUUGGCAGUCGGUUAAUGGUCGGCUGACAGAAUUGGGGGUGCCUGCCAAGUGGCAGGAACUGAUUGCGGGCCUCUUGGAGGUUGACAGAGACGAGAGACUGGAUGCAGAAACAGUGUUUAGGGAUUAUCAGGAGCUGCUGCUCCUUCCGAGGCCCAGCAACGAUUUUUAG